AUGGUUAACAUUAAUACUAUUCAAUCAGGCGCUGUAUUUGCAUGGUUUAUGCUAUUGAUGAUUAUUCGACGUAUUGUAUUGCUGAUUAUUGUUAGCAUUGUGGAAUACAACAGAUCUUUUCCACCAAGUUUUCGAGUUCGUGAAGACAAAAUACUGAGAAAAGUUCGAAUAGAAUCAUCAAUAACAAGACCUAUCCAUAUCGAGGUUACUAAACAUGUGCGUGUUAACAAAAUUAUUGGUAAUAAUUUAGAAAAUGAUGUACAUUUUAUAAUUCUUCUAUUCGCAACAGUUAUUUUCUCAGAUAGUAUAAAUGACAAAUGUACAAAAACAAUUAUUUAUGGUGUUAUUUAUUUAUUUUUUCGUAUAUUUUAUGCUAUAGCAUAUAUUAUAGCAUUACGACCAUGGAGAACUUUGGUCUUUCACACUGAAGAUAAAGCUUUGGCAUAUAUUGAAUCAGUUGUUGAAGAAAAAAUCUUGUUAAUUGUUGAUUAUCUUUCUGAUAAUCUUCUUAAUGUUAUCGAAGCAUUAAAACAAGUUGAUGGUCUUUUUCUUUAUACAUCUGUAUCACCUGAUAAACUUCCAUCAUGUAUUACAGCUAUUUGUUCUAAUGAACAACAACUUUUUGAUGAAAUAAAAAAUAUUCGUCAACAAAUCAGUAAACAAAUGACUGUCUUUUCUAUUUACAAUCAAACAAAAACGGAAAAAAUUGAUAUACAUCAUGAAGUUGGUACUUUUCUGUUUUUUGAAAUUUUUAAAACUGCUUUAAAAAAAUUACCGAAAAAAUCCGAAUCUAAAAAUUUAAUGGUUUCAAAAUAUCGUAAUUAUUAUGCAGGUAAUAGAAAAGUUUUAGAAGAAAUACUUGAUUUUGAACAUAAUUAUAAAACACAUGAAGCACUUCAAUGGUAUGUAAAUCGUUCAUUUAUUUAUCGAUUAAUUAAUAAAGCUCUACACACGGAAAAUAUUAAUUCUUUAUGUUAUUUUCAUUUUUACAUUAAAGAUUUAUCAAAACAAAUAGAAAAAGAAUUUAGAAAAUUUAAAAAACAAAAUUCUCAAUCUAUUAUUCAAUUGUACAGUAGUUCUAAAAUAACAAAAGAAGAAAUAAAAAAAUAUCAACGUAAUAUUGGAAAUUCAAUUUUCACUCAUGGAUAUUUGUCAACAACACGACAACGUCAUUUAGCCUAUGAUUUUGCUAUCAAACAACAUAUACAAUCUGAUGAAGAAAAAGUUUUAUUUCAAUAUACUGUAGAUUUAGAUCAUGUUCAAUCAAUCAUUUUUGCUGAUAUUUCACAAUAUAAUAAAUUACCAGAUGAGAACGAAAUAAUUUUUGAUUUAGGAGCUGUCUUCAAAAUUGAAUCGUGUACAUUUAAUACUAAAGAAAAUUUAUGGUUAAUGAAUGUUCAUGCAACAGAUAAAGUUUUUGAAGUUACUUCCGAAUAUCUUGAAUAUCAAACAUCUAAAAUGGCUGAAUCUAAUAUUGUAUUAACGCUUGGUCAUUUAAUUAUUGAAAUGGGUGAUUAUGAUAGAGCCGAAAAAUAUUUUACUACAAUUUUAAAUUCAUCAAUUCCAAAUGAUGAAGAAAUUUCAUGUAUAUAUUAUCAUAUGGGUCGAAUUUAUCGAUUAAAAGGUGAAUAUGAACGUGCACUUGAAUUUCUUCAACAAGCUUUUGACACACAUUCAAAAGCUCGACCAUCUCGUUGGGCAAGUGCAGCUAAAGCGAUGAAUGCCAUGGGUAUUGUUUAUAUGGAACAGAAUAAUGUUCAACAAGCAAUUGAUUCUUUUGAAAGUACGUUAAAAUUAUACACAAAAACUAUUCAUGAAUGUCAUCCAGAUAUUGCUGGAACACUUAUUAAUCUUGCUAAUAUUUAUUGUGGACUAGAAGAAUAUAAGAAAGCUCUUUCUUGUUUUCAACGAGCACAAUAUAUUUAUGAAAGUAGUUUACCACCAAACCAUCCAAAUCGAGCAAUUUUACUUAAUAAUCUUGGUAAUUUUUAUCUUCGUCAAAAUCAGUUGGAUUUAGCUUUGAACGCUUAUGAACAAGCUUUGAAUAUCAAUGAGAAAACUUUGCCUGUUAAUCAUCCUGAAAUUGUACGAAAUAGAAAUAAUCUAUCUAGGGUACAAAUAAUGAUUUGUGAACAAAAUAAACCUGAUUUUCAGCUCGAAAAAGCUCCUGAUUAUAGCCAAGUCAUCAUAUGUUCAAGUGUGGAACCGAAUAUAACUAACUUAUUUUCAUCGGACACUUCGGAAAAACAUCAAAAUUCAGACUCGAAAGUAGAAAUGAUUGAAAUGAAGAAUUAUUGA